AUGGACAGCCGAGGCGCCUCGAGGUUGCUCGAGGAGCCACCCCCGGGCCCUGACCGAAGACUGUUCCCCGACAACGAUGCCUCGAUAACAUUGACCAGACCUGCGUCCCAGGCGCAGAAGCCUCUGGAUAAGCACAGCCUUGAGUAUAUCAUACGCUCCGGGCUAGCAGGGGGGUUGGCAGGAUGUGCGGCAAAAACUGUUGUCGGCCCUCUUGACCGAGUAAAGAUCCUCUUCCAAGCUUCCAAUCCUCAGUUCGCAAAGUACACGGGCAGCUGGUUCGGCGUGGUGACGGCGAUCCGGGAUAUACAAAAGAAUGAAGGGCCCCGGGGUUUAUUUCGCGGUCAUUCUGCGACUCUUCUGAGAGUCUUCCCAUAUGCCGGGAUCAAGUUCCUCGCCUACGAGCAGAUAAGAGCCGGUGUCAUUCCGGACAAAACCUAUGAAACACCAUUUCGCCGCUUUAUAUCUGGGUCUAUGGCGGGCAUCACUUCAGUCUUCUUCACCUACCCUCUCGAGGUCAUCCGUGUGCGGCUAGCUUUCGAAACUAAGAAGGACUCACGCUCGUCUCUGACGAGAAUAUGUCGGCAGAUCUACCAUGAGCAGCCUCCGCAACCAGAGAAUCUCGCCGGUCAUAACUCAGUUGCAGCCGCCACGAAUGCAGCGCAGAAAGCUGUGCCAAAGUCGGGACUUGUCAACUUCUACCGCGGAUUCUCUCCGACCUUGUUGGGCAUGUUGCCAUAUGCUGGAAUGUCCUUCUUGACGCAUGACACGAUAGGCGAUUUAUUCAGACAUCCCCUCCUGGCGCCAUACACAGUCCUACGCUCAACAUCUACGGCCGCAAUCCCUCCCGUAGAAACCCGUUCAAAUGCCAAGGUCCAACGGCGGGCCCAACUGACUGCCCCAGCGGAGCUCACCUCGGGCGCAAUAGCUGGUCUAGUUUCUCAAACCUCGUCUUACCCACUUGAAGUGAUUCGGCGGAGAAUGCAAGUCGGUGGCGCUAUAGGGGAUGGCCAUCGCUUAACUAUUGCCGAAACAGCGCGUCGGAUAUGGCUUGAAAGAGGCUGGAGAGGGUUCUUCGUCGGUCUCACCAUUGGCUAUGUCAAAGUCAUACCGAUGGUCGCCACAAGUUUCUAUGUCUACGAACGCAGCAAAUGGCUCUUGGGAAUUGGUUGA